AUGGACAGAGGUAAGUCUCCAGGCCACGAUGGACUCAGCAUUGAGCAUCUCCAGCACGCUGGACCUCUUAUUUUUAAGCUAUUGGGUCUGUUUUAUUCACUCUGCGUGGGUCAUUCCUACCUGCCGGAUGAUCUCAUGAAAACGGUAGUAGUUCCUGUCGUGAAAAAUAAAACUGGUAACCUUGCUGACAAACAUAACUAUAGGCCUAUAUCGCUUGCCACUAUCAUGGCCAAGGUGUUUGACGGAUUGCUUAACACGCAGUUGAGAAAACACAUAAAGCUGCACGAUAAUCAAUUACUACAUAAAUCGCAAGACACCUGUGUGCACACCGUCAAAUACUACAUAAAUCGCAAGACACCUGUGUACGCGUGCUUCCUCGAUUUAUCUAAAGCUUUUGACCUGGUGGUAUAUGAUUUACUUUGGAAGAAACUCGAGCGAGUUGGGUUACUGCAGAGAUUUUAA